GAGAAAGCAACUUGUGGGGGGUUGUGUCAUUUACUCUACUUAUUAUCUCUCUAUCCCCUCAAUCCCUCUCAUCAUCAAUUGAAUGCCUGAUAUUUGAUUCAAACUCUCCUCUUUCUCUCCAUAAUCUAAAAAGUAAUACCUGUUCUUCUGUGACCAAGCUUAGCAGAAAUCUUGAAAAUUUUGAGGAAAAUUAAAGAAUCAUGCAGGAAACUGAUCAGCCUAAAUCUUCAGGAGUAGAGACUCAUGCAUCCAAGAAAAGGAAGAUGGGUGAAAGGGUUGUGGUGACUGUGAAACUGGAAGAAAGUGAAAAAAGGCAGCAGAAAAAUGAAGGGCCUCCUUUUGAUUGUUGGUCUUGGAGAAAAUAUGGCCAAAAACCCAUCAAAGGAUCUCCUUAUCCAAGGGGCUACUACAGAUGCAGCACAUCGAAAGGCUGCUCGGCCAAGAAACAAGUCGAACGGAGCAAAACCGACUCCUCCAAGCUCAUAAUUACCUACACGUCGAGCCACAAUCAUCCGGGCCCAGCUCCUUUGCCACCGGAAAACCCGAAAACCGAGCCCAAUGAUAUUAUUAUUAUCAAUUCAGCCCCUCAACUCACCCAUACUCACACCAUUGCCCCUGAAGAGGAACAAGAAACACAAUUGGAGGGCAGCAAUCAUCCGGGCCCAGUUCCUUUGCCACCAGAAAACCCGAAAACCGAGCCCAAGGAGAUAAAUAUUAUCAAUUCAGCCCCUCAACUCACCGAAACUCACAUCAUUGCCCCUGAACAGGAACAAGAAACACAAUUGAGCCCUCCGGACAAUGUAUUUGUGGAUCAAGACAAGAAAAACUCCUUUAACGACAAUCUUCAAACACUUGGUGUGCUUUAUGAAGGAGAAGGAGACUCGAAGUCGAUUACUCAGUUCGUGAAAGCGGAGGAAAAUGAUUUCUUUGACGAGCUAGAGGAGCUCCCAACAUCAUCGUUUUUCACGUCGUUGAUGAAAAACACACUUUGUGAGGAGAGAGUUAUUGUGAAUCCCACCUGA